UAAAUUAACCGUUUAUAUAUCGGUUAGUCUUGCGUCCAUACUAAUUUUUAAUGUAUGGAUUUCGUUAGGAAAUAUCAUAUCAGCGUUUAGUUAAAUGAUGAAAUCACAAUAGUGCCAAUUUAACUAACAAAAAUACUAACAAAUGUGAUGCAAAUGGCUGCCAUCUAAACUAUAUGUGAAAUAGUUUUAGCUUUUUAUUUUAUGUGGGAAUUACGACUAUAUAUAAUUAAUAUUGACUCUAUUACGAGAUUUACUCUAAAAAUUAAUCAGAUAUUACGGAAAGUGUUGAAAAUUUGUAUUUACUAUCAAUUAUGUUAAGAAAUUAAGAUUUCAAGUUAUUAAAUUCGAUAUCAUUUAUUGCAAAGAAAAUCAAAUUUCAUCAACGUCAUUAUGAUGAAUGAGAAUUCAAAAAAGAUUAUUUUCAACAAAUCCAUGUUGCUGAGUCUUAAAGCGGAACUUUUAAAAAAACAGGAAGAGGUUUUGGAGCAAAAACAGUUGCCCCAGAAGAAGUUAGAGAAUUUUAAACCACCAUUAUCUAAAAAUAAACAUGUCGACAAUUGUUCAGAGAAGUCAAAAACAAGUUUUAAAGAUAAAUUAAAAGCUGUUGAUACUGAAGAAUUGGAAGCAUGCAGGAAAGCCAAGUUAGCAUUAGAAAGGAAAACAGAGCUGUACGAGCAUUUGUCUGAUAAUGCUGGCAAUUCACAACUAGCUGGGAGAUUUCUUGUAGAUUUUAAAACUAAAAAGCAAGAGCAGGUUGUAGAAAAUAUUGAGAACUCUCAUGAUGAAGAUGAAGCUACAUUGCUUAUUCAGGAUGAUCAAAAUGAAUGGACAGAGUUCACAGACUGCUUGGGUCGAACACGUAAAUGCCUUAAAUCUGAUUUAGAAUUAUAUAAGAAAAGAGAUAAAGAUUUAUUGAGGGCAGUUAAUAAGGAUGCACCAUAUACUGAGGUGGAAGAUGAAGACAAACAUGAUGCAUCUACUAAUACUAAAGAGAAACCUUUUUUGGUGCAAAAAACAAAUGACUAUCUAUUGUCGUUGCGGCAAAAAUGGGAGGAAAAAGAAAGAGACUUAUUAGCCAAGGAUAAAGAUAUACAUUAUCAAGAUCUGCUGUUUGAUGAGGCACGUAUACACGGCGUUGGAUAUUAUUCGUUUAGUACUGAUGAAACAGAACGUCGUAACCAAAUGGAAGAGUUGAUGAAACGUCGGCAAGAAACAUUGAAGGCGCAACAGGAUGCUGAAGAGGUUAGGAAAAAGCGAGAUGCUCUUAUGGCUGCCCGAGUGGCGGCGGCGCGAGCACGACAACGGGCCAGGGCAGGCCUUCCGCCGGAGGACCCAAAAGAAAAUGAAGAAGAUUUUACUACACGUUUAAUGGAAUUUUUAACGCAACAAAAAAAUGAAGCAGAUGCAAAAGCAAAGGAAGAAGAAAAGAAAAUUCGCGAGGAACAAGAAAAGGAAAGACAAAAAUUACGCGAGGCCUAUAUUCGUGAAUGGGAUUUAGGCAAAGAAGGAGUUGACGACAAAGUGAAAAAGUUUAGAGAAAUGUCUCAAGAAGAAUAUGUUGACCAACAGAGAGACAAAAGAAUAGAAGAAUUUGCCCCACCACAAGGUUCAAAUUCUAAUAAAUCUAACUAUUCCUUUGAUUCAACAGGUCGAAUGGUUAAUUUAGAAACAAAUACGCCGAUAGAAAAAAGUUGGUCAGAUGUUAGACCUAGAGUAAAGACUCCGCCACCGCCCACAAUUGGGGAUGUAACUGAACAAAAGGGUCUUUAUUUUUCCACUGUUAAAAAGCCAGAACAUAGUGUUAAGUACCGAAAUUUUAUUAAAGCUCAAGAAGAAGUAACGCAAAUAGUAAAUGAACUUGAUGAACAUAAUGACGGUGAGGAUCAAACUAGCAGGCCCGGGAAAAGAACACAUGAAACAAAACACACAGAAAUAGCUCCACCUCCAACUUAUGAUUAUUAUGGGCCAACGCCAAAACAUUUAAAAUACGAAAAACCAUUUGAUUCUGAUAUUAGAGAAGCGUAUGCACAAGGAUCUAAAAGUUUAGAAACCAAAACUAGUAAUAGGCAACUGCCAAAACAUUACGAUUUCACUUUUGAUUGAUUGGUACUUGAAUAAAACAUUAUAUUAA